ACUGUCAAUUAAAUAAAAGGGGUUUAUUGGGACGAGGACUCGGCUUCGUGCUGCUGGGGAAGUCUCGGUCAGAACCCCUGGUUCCUAAUAGGCCACAGCCCAGCAGUGAGCCGCAGCCAGCCAUUGGGGAACCUCUGGCUUAGCUGAACCAGCUAUGCAGGCCAAAGAAACCAUGUUCUGGUGCCCUGAGACAUUCCUUAAAGUCAACUGAAUCUCUUCCUACAGGUGUGUGUGUUACACAACCCUACUGGCCCGGCCCAAUCAAAAAUCUACUCCUUUCUCUUUCAGAAUUCAACCAGACAGUCCAGGGUUCUGGAAAUAUGACAGAAAAAGGCAGUCAAGAUCAGCUGCUGUUUCUCUUUCCAGAAUUUAACCAGCAAAGCCAGGGUGUGGGCCAGAUAGACGACUCUUGUGCCGAAACACCCAGCAAGAAGAUGAGGCGCAACCGCUUUAAGUGGGGCCCUGCUUCCCAGCAGAUCUUGUACCAGGCCUACGACCGUCAAAAGAACCCCAGCAAGGAAGAGAGGGAAGCCUUGGUAGAGGAAUGCAACAGGGCAGAAUGCCUCCAGCGGGGUGUGUCGCCCUCUAAAGCACAUGGCUUGGGUUCAAAUCUGGUCACAGAAGUCCGCGUCUACAACUGGUUUGCAAACCGGAGGAAAGAAGAAGCUUUUCGGCAAAAACUCGCCAUGGAUGCCUACAGCACGGGUCAGCCUCACACCAUGAACCUCUUGCUGUCCCAUGGGUCACCUCACCACACUCAACCCAGCUCAUCUCCGCCCAGCAAAAUGCAAGGUAAGUCAAAACUAACACCUCUUGUUUGCAAAGGAGCUCAGACAUAGUAAACGGUUUUACAA